GCCCGCCUCUCCCGUCGUCCGGCCCGGGCAUGGGCGACGACACCAGCCCCCUCAGCGUGAUCCUGGUGAGCUCGGGGAGCAGGGGCAACAAGCUGCUCUUCAGGUACCCCUUCCAGAGGAACCGGGAGCACCCCGCGGCCCAGACAAGCAAGCCUUGUAGCAGAUACGCCGUGAACAAUACAGGCGAUCAUGCUGAUGACCAGGAUGGAGACUCCAGGUUUUCAGAUGUCAUUCUGGCAACAAUUUUGGCAACCAAGUCUGAAAUGUGUGGCCAAAAAUUUGAAUUGAAGAUUGAUAACGUACGUUUUGUUGGGCAUCCGACACUGCUGCAGCAUGCUCUGGGGCAGGUCUCGAAAACAGAUCCGUCCCCAAAGAGAGAAACACCCACCAUGAUUCUUUUUAAUGUCGUAUUUGCACUGAGGGCUAAUGCAGACCCGUCGGUGAUAAACUGUUUGCACAACCUCUCCCGGCGCAUCGCCACUGUGCUGCAGCAUGAGGAACGCCGUUGCCAGUAUCUCACACGGGAAGCCAAGCUAAUUCUAGCACUGCAGGAUGAAGUGUCUGCUGUGGCUGAUGCAAAUGAUGGUCCUCAGUCCCCAUUCCAUCACAUUCUGCCCAAAUGCAAGCUGGCCAGGGACCUUAAGGAAGCCUAUGACAGCCUGUGUACUUCCGGCGUGGUACAGCUACACAUCAACAGUUGGCUGGAGGUGAGCUUCUGUCUACCCCACAAGAUCCACUAUGCCGCUGCCAGCCUUAUUCCCCCUGAGGCAAUCGAGCGGAGCCUGAAAGCCAUUCGCCCAUACCAUGCCUUGUUGCUGCUCAGUGAUGAGAAGUCCCUUUUGGCUGAGCUCCCACUUGACUGUUCCCCAGCCCUGGUGCGCGUGAUCAAGACCACAUCUGCCGUGAAGAACCUGCAGCAACUGGCCCAAGAUGCAGACCUGGCCUUACUGCAGGUUUUCCAGCUUGCUGCUCACUUGGUGUACUGGGGCAAAGCCAUUAUCAUCUACCCACUGUGUGAGAACAAUGUCUACAUGCUUUCUCCCAAUGCCAGUGUUUGUCUGUACUCCCCAUUGGCCGAGCAGUUCUCCCGUCAGUUCCCAUCGCAUGACCUGCCAUCUGUUCUUGCUAAGUUCUCUCUGCCUGUGUCCUUGUCAGAAUUUCGGAAUCCUCUGGCACCCCCUGUGCAGGAGACCCAGCUCAUCCAGAUGGUGGUGUGGAUGCUGCAGCACAGGCUCCUUGUCCAGCUGCACACCUACGUGUGCCUGAUGGCCUCGCCCAGUGAGGAUGAGCCCCGCCCUCGAGAAGAUGACGUCCCAUUCACUGCCAGAGUCGGUGGCCGCAGCCUCAGCACCCCCAAUGCCCUCAGCUUUGGCUCCCCAACUAGCAGUGAUGACAUGACACUCACCAGCCCCAGCAUGGACAACUCCAGUGCAGAGCUGCUCCCCAGCGGAGACUCUCCACUCAACAAGAGGAUGACAGAAACCCUGCUUGCCAGCCUGUCGGAGCACGAACGGGCAGCCAUCCUCAGCGUACCUGCAGCUCAGAACCCUGAGGACCUCCGCAUGUUUGCCAGGCUCCUGCACUACUUCCGGGGCCGCCAUCACCUGGAGGAGAUCAUGUACAAUGAGAACACGCGGCGCUCCCAACUGCUCACGCUCUUUGACAAGUUCCGAAGCGUGUUGGUUGUGACUACCCACGAGGACCCCGUCAUCGCUGUCUUCCAGGCGUUGCUGACUUGAGCCUGCAGACUCCUGCAGUGAGCCUCAGCCCCUCCUCCUGGCAUGACUGCCAGCCUGAGGCUUGACCACGAGUUGUGGGUUGUGUUCUUGCUCA